CAGCGCGCAGACCUCGCCAGGCACCCUGUGCGACGAGGCUGCCAGCUGGUCGCGUCGCUGACACGAAACAGUUUCAGAAACCCGCCUACAUCAAAGCAAGGCCAAUGAACUCCUCAUGUCUGCUUCCGGGCAAGCAAAUAAGAUGAUGCAGGCACCAUCUUUGCCACCUCUGGCGUGUCUGCUGUCGUCGGCGUGGUGUCAAGAAAGAAGGAGAUUUUGGCAUGUGGGAAGAUAUUUUAAGAGCCGCCGAAGCGAACAAUGCACGUGAUGUGUUUGCACGGAUUGCACCCCCACUCAAGCCGAGGUUCCGAUGAUCAAGAUGAAGCUAAAUUAGUGACGCCCAAGUUCUACGGUAGUGACCUGGGUCGUCUUCCGGGCCGAGCCGUUUCCAGAUGUCUUGCUUAGACGAGAGUCCUAAUGAUGCUAGUCUAUGAGACUUCACCAUACCCCAUGUGCUGUGCUCUGGGUCGCUAUACACAUCAUGCUGCCUCACAAGAGCAUGUGUUGUGAUACCUUGAUGACUUCCCAACUCCUAUGCAAUCCCUCACUUGAGGUCUCGAUGGAACUGUUCUGCACACGGGUCUGCUCAGACAUAAUUAACAAAUAUAACAACUCUCUAGACCACAAGCAUUAUUCGUUAUCUCCAAAAGUAUAUGACACUCGAGGUGGUUGGGUUUCAAGUUGUAGCUAAUUCUUGUGUUGGCGACUUGGUCCCCCG